AUGGCAAAAUGGCGCGACCAGAGUGCGACCUUUGCAACCAUCUUUACUCUCUUCGUUGACCGUGCACCCAAAUCAAGCGAUCAAACCAAGAUGUCCGAAUCGCCCGAUCCCGUCAAAUCUGCUACGUCUGAGCCCCCAGGUGACUCGUCCGUGCCAGCACCAGCGCACGUUGACGUUGAAGAGAAACAUGACAUUCAAGACGAGAAAGCUCAGGCGGAAGAACCAAGCACCGAUGCCAAUGCAUCUGAGAAAUCCAAGUCUAGCGCGGAAUUACCAGAGUCGGUCGAGCCCGAACAUGAUGAUUCAUCUGCGCCACCUUUACCCGACGAGGUUCCUCCACCUCUCCCCGAUGAGGUCCCUCCACCUCUUCCCAACGAGGUCCCGCCAACCAACAAGCCUGAAGACGAUGGAUGGGAACCUGUGUGGGAACCAAAUAUGCAAGCUUACUACUUUUACAACCGCCUGACCGGAGCCUCGCAAUGGGAGAACCCUCGUGUCCCGGAGACCCCCGCCGCACCUGGCACCGAGCCCCAAUCCAAGCCAGCUCCGAAGAAAGAGCCUGUCAUCGGUGGCUACAACCCGGCUAUCCAUGGCGACUACGACCCCACUGCCGACUAUGCGCGCCAAUACGAAGAGCAGUCCGAGCAGUCCAAUGCCGGAGCCGUCGACCCCACUGCUGCCUACGGCGCUACUGGUACCUUCAAUCGCUUCACUGGUAGAUGGCAAGCUGCCGAUAUCAACCCCGAGAAUCACAAUGAUGAAAACAAGUCCCGGCGCCAGAUGAAUGCUUUCUUCGACGUCGACGCCGCGGCCAACAGUCAUGACGGACGUAGCUUGCGCGCUGAGCGUAGCUCUCGCAAGCUGACCAAAGCUGAGCUAAAGCAGUUCAAGGAAAAGCGGCGCGAGAAGAAAGAGGAGAAGCGCCGGGCUUGGUUGCGGGACUAG